GGUUUUCUUCACGCUGCAACACUCACCUAACUCAACUGAUACACUCAUCACACUAACCGGUCGUCGCUUUGGAGCACUGGCGAGGCUAUGGCCGACGACGACAAAUUAAACAAAGGCGGCCGGCCAUAUCCCAGCGCGCCGCCUCAAUACGGCACAUUCUAUCCUCCUCCUCGUGGUCCUCCGCCUCCGCCUCCGCCCCCGCCCCCGCCCCCUCCCCCUCCUCCACCGCCUCCCCCGCCUGGCUUCCCCGAACCUGUUCCUCCACCCGGAGUCGUCUACCCCCCUCCCGGUCCGCCUGAUUAUUACGCUCAGGGCUACCAAGCUGUUCCUGGGUAUCCCGUGGCUGAAGGAAGACCUGUAAGACCACGCCGUCUUCGUUGUUGUGGUCUUGGUUGUGGUUGGUGCCUGUUUAUAUUAGGAUUCUUCCUUGCUACGAUACCAUGGUAUGCUGGGGCGGUGAUUCUGCUGUGUUCCAGAAGAUACGGGAUGGACCCCAGAGAAAAACCCGGAUAUGUUGCUUGUUCUGUUGCUGCUGUUCUCGUUACUAUUGCUAUUAUUAUCGGGGUGACGAAGGGAGCGCAUCUCUGGUAAUUUUGUCAUUGAUGGAGGAGGUCUGUACGUGAGCAUGUGGUUUCUUACUAAAGCUAUGCGAAGAAUGCUAGAGACCUUAUGUGCCUCAACAAAUAUAUAUUUUUCUUCUUCCUCCAGGAAAAAAAAAAGGGCUGUAUUACAAUUGACAACAAAUUCAGAGACGUCGCUAUCUUUUUUAUUUCCUAAAAAUAAUGUAUAGCAGUUCCACUUUACUAUUUCUUAUUUAAAUAUAAAAUCCAUUUUGUAGUA